ACAUCUUGAGCGCAGUUUUUACAGUGUUGUGCAAUAAUCCAGUCCGAUAUUGUGAUAAGGUGACCCCUCUCAUAACUACGUUGAAAUGGUUAUCAGAAUUCUCCAACAGAAAUACACAGGUGCUUGAUUAGCGCAAGGAUCCACAAGCCUGCACCAGAAUGAAACAUCCGCCAAAUUCAAAGGAAAAGUAACUACAUUAUCAUUUGAUUAAUGUUUUCAAGCCGUUUCGCAAACCAUACGAAUUUUGAAGGAGAGUGAUAUGAUGUAGAUCGACACGAGAUCGUAGAUAGCCGUGUAUUAGCGAAUGACCUGAAUGUUGUAGCUUGUCCACGAUCCUCUUUAUAUCUGAAGAUUCUGUUUACUAAUCUCUCCUAUGAAUCCGCGGAUAUAUGUAAUGAGUUCACCAGCCAAUCAUACAAUCAAUGAUGAUGGGAACAAUGACGACCUAAUCUAGUAAACAGACAUUCGGUGAUGGAGUUUGGAAACACGGAUAACACGCCGACUAUUCAAAGGUACAACUUAUCUAAAGUAAAUGAAGACGAUGAAAAAGAGCUAUUGAUGACGGAUGGGAGUGUUAAAGAAUGCGAAUUAUCCCACCAAACACGAGAGGAGUGGGACAUAUCAGUCACAGACAACGAGAUAAGGAACAGUCCAAACAUGUUGGAAGAAAAUUCAAAUUCUGAAGAAAAGGGAGGAACAUUCUGGUUCCGACUAAAGAAAGACAAUGUGUUCCGAAAGAAAUACCUCUUGACCUCUGCAUACAUCAUGUCCUUCAUUUCUUUAGGAUGGGUGGAGGGACAGCUUGGUCCCACAUUUCCAGAUCUUCUGUUUAUCACUGAAUCAACACUAGAUCGAGGUUCCGUAUUCUUCACCACAGCCACGCUGGGAUAUCUCCUGGGAUCUAUGAUCAUGGGCUACUUGUUCGACAAACAGAACAUAGACAAAAACUUGCUGCUGUUUCUAAGCAUGAUUGGAUACAGUAUCACUAUUGUUAUCGUGCCUUGGUGUGGGCUUUACGAGAUCAUGGUCAUCAUUCACAUCUUUAAGGGAGCUUUUGGUGGCAGUUUGGAGACAUGUGGUAAUGCCGGUCUGAUGCAUAUAUGGGGUCGCGAAGGUGACCCAUACUUCAAUGCUUUACAUUUCUCUUUUGCUGUUGGUGGAAUACUAUCUCCCUUAGCUGCCGCGCCAUAUGUGAUGUCACAUGACCAUGCCGCUAGACCUCUCGCUAUGAAUUGGACACACGAUUUUUCAAACACUAGCUCAGGAAGUAAUGGGGAUCUCUAUAACAUAACUCAUCUUAAUUCAACACAGAAAUCGACGGAGAUUCAAUCAUCCAUGAUUUACAUUCCUUACACCACCAGUGCCGGACUUUGUCUCAUGACUUCUCUUCCAUUUCUUGUAUUUUUCUGUGUAUCACUACAGAAAACGCUUCAAAGGGAAAAAUCAAAAGAGGAAGUCGAAAGCAAACGUAAAACUCAAAAGCGACUACGAAUUAUGGGAUUCAUAACCAUGACUAUAUAUAUGGCGGUGUACUGUGCAGUACAGGACAUAUUUAUUGGAUUUCUAACAACAUUUGUUGUAUCAGAAUUGAACUGGACAAAUUCUGAAGGAAGCUAUCUCACCUCUGCUUAUUGUGCUUUAUAUGCUACUGGGCGGUUCUUGGGAAUUUUCCUCGUACAAUGUUUUAGCUCUGCAAAAAUUAUAUUCGCAUACAAUUUCAUGCUCAUAAUAUCUCUGUCUGGAUUUUUAAUGGUGUCAUUUUAUGACGUCAUAAUUGGCAUCUGGAUAUUUACGUUAAUGACAGGUUUCUCUUCGUCAGUGAUUUUUCCUGUGGUGUUUAUGUGGACGGAACAGAAGUUUCUAAGAGUGACAGGAAAAGUAGCAUCAAUUUUCAUUGUGGCUUCGUCCAUUGGGGUGAUGGUAAACUCGCCGAUUCUAGGGGCAUUAAUGGAGAUGUUUACACCAAUGUGGUUUUCGUAUCUUUUAUUAGCAGAAACCGUCUUUGUAUUCAUGCUUUUCUUUGCGGGUUUAUUCAUAGCAAGAAGGAUUGAUUCAGAGAAAGCCAUAACACUGGACGUGGAAGUAUCCGAUUUCAAUGAGAAAGCAGAUGUUUGAUCUGGUUUAAUACAUGACAUAAUGUUUGACAUAAUAUUGGAUUACUUUGUCACCAUCAGUAUGUGAUUUUGAUUGUCAACAUAUACUCUUAUUUACAAUACUAAUUCGUUUGUCGUAUACUUUCAGUUUAAAUUUUGAUGCAUUUUUGCAAUAAAGUUUGUAAAUGAUUUAAAAACAAG